AUGAAUUCCUUUCCAUCUCAUCAGCCACAUUUACUAGAUGGACUACCUCCAUUUAUAAUCGGCGGUGCUGUAUUCAACUAUCAGUACCACCCCAACCCUCAAACAUUACCCGUGGAGGACAUCUUACGCCACGCAUUUGCUUUAGGCUACAAUGCAAUUGACACGUCGCCAUACUAUGGUCCAUCGGAAGAGAUCUUAGGACAAGCGUUGACUAAAUUGAAUGUUGCUCGUGAAUCGUACUAUAUAUGCACCAAAGCAGGUCGCAUCAAACUUGAUGAAUUUGACUAUUCACGACAACAAGUACGUCAAUCAGUGCUUCGAUCUUUACAGAGAUUAAAUACGACAUACUUGGAUUUAGUUUAUAUGCAUGAUAUUGAAUUUGUUGUUAUUGAUGAUGUGAUUGAGGCAUUGAAGGAGCUACAAUGCUUGAAAAAUGAAGGUAUCAUUAAAAAUAUCGGCAUUUCGGGCUAUCCAAUCCAUUUUCUUUAUGCCACUGCCGUUAAAUGGAAACAAGUCAAUGGUGGACAACCGUUGGAUGCAGUGAUGUCGUAUUGUCAUGGAUGUAUUCAGAAUAAUACCUUGUUUGAUAUCGCCACCAAAUUGAAACAAGAUGCCGGUGUAAGCAAGAUUAUGAAUGCACUGAUCUUGUCCAUGUCAUUAUUACGUUCAGAGAAGACUCAUUCGUUCCAUCCCGCUAGCGAAGCAUUGAAGCAAAGAGUUGAUGAAUUGGCUAGUCAAUUGAAAAUAGAAAAGGGGGUAGAGUUGGCCGAGUUGGCGACAAAGUAUGCCAUUUACGAAUGGAUGAUUAAACGGAACUCGAGUAUUGUUUUGGGUGUUUCUAAUUUAAACGAAUUGAAUGUCGCUAUUGAAGCAUAUGAAUUGUUGAAACAGAAUGGAUUAAGUGAAGCAGAUGAAACAUUGAUUAACAAGUUUCAACUUGAUUUGGGUGACCAUUUGAACGAGACAUGGCCAAGUGGCCACCUGUAG